CCUGAGCGGCGGAGGCAGACAUGAGGCAGUGGUGAGAGCCCCGGCGGAGAGCUGCGGAGCUGAAAUGAAGCGCACACACGGAGCCGCUCACACCGUGCAGGAAGAGGCUCCGCGCCGCUAAAGCUGCAGGCUGCUCCGGCUGAAGGGCUCCGUCCAUGCGGAGACUAGCGCUCAUUCUGCUGCCCUGUGCUGUCGCCGUCCUGGUGCACUUGUGGUUGGCACAACGACCCUCCUCCACCCCGCCGGACAACAACACACACUCGGAUGAACCUUUCUAUGAAGUUUUGGUGGGAGUGCUGUCAGCGAGACACCAUUAUGAACUGCGACAAGCGAUAAGGGAGACCUGGCUGGGCUACCUCCGAAAUCACCCCCACUUCCAGCACAGAGUGGGGGUGAAGUUCAUCGUGGGCGAACAUGGGUGUCCCAUUCCGGAGGAGGACAGAGAGGAUCCGUACUCCUGCUCCCUCCUGAACUUCACCGAGCCAGUAAUCUCUGCCAUCCCUCUGGUCCCAGCGGCAGGCCAGGAUGCAGAGAUAGAGAUCGUGACGUUGUCUGACCCCUCUGCGCUCGCCCCCUCUGACGUGUCGGCCAUCGCCCUGGAUUUCAAGGUCCUCCACCCGGUGGUGAUCACCAGGCUGGGGGUGUUUCCCAGCGGGACCCGGCCUGAGCUUCAGAGCAAUGUGACGGUGAAGCUUCUCCAGUUGGACCAGGAGGAAGCUGUGGUCACUGCUCGCUUCAGUGCCAUCAGCACCGGGACCCUGGUGAACGGGGUGUGGUACAAACCAGUGGAGCAGUUCAUCUUGCCCAAGGGUUUUGAGGGGACGCUGGUUUGGGAGAAUCUGGACUCUGCUGGACUGAGCACAGUCAACUCCUCCUCUGUGCAGCUCAGUGAUGGAGGAGGUGUCCUCAAGAUCUCCUCUAUUGCAGAGGGAAUAUUGCCUCAUAGGAGUGCACUUGGAUUUCCCGGUCUGGCUGGAGGGUUCACAUUUACUAUCUACGAUGGGGACGGCCUAUCGGAGCUCCUGCGGGGCCGCCCAGCCAGGAUGGAGCACCAUGCCUCCAGGCUGCGGCAGGAGGACGCUACCCUGCAGGAGGAGAGCCUCAGGCACGGCGACAUGGUGUUCGUGGACGUGGUAGACACCUACAGGAACGUGCCUUCCAAACUGCUUCAGUUCUAUAAAUGGUCUGUGGGAAACGCUGACUUUAAUCUGCUGCUGAAGACUGAUGAUGAUUGUUACAUCGACGUGGACUCAGUAUUAAUGAAGAUUGACCACAAGGGUCUCAAGCGCAGCAAUUUCUGGUGGGGGAAUUUCAGGCAGAGCUGGGCAGUGGAUCGCAUUGGGAAGUGGCAGGAGCUGGAGUACGCUAGUCCAGCCUACCCUGCAUUUGCCUGCGGCUCCGGCUAUGUGGUCUCUCGUGACCUGGUCCAGUGGCUUGCCAGCAAUGCAGAUAAACUGAAGGCUUACCAGGGGGAAGAUGUGAGCAUGGGGAUAUGGAUGGCAGCUGUUGGACCACAGAAAUAUCAGGACCCUGGCUGGCUGUGUGAGAAAGAGUGCUACCUGGACAUGCUGUCUUCUCCCCAACACACGGCCGAGGAGCUGCACAUCCUCUGGGACAGGAAGAGGGCCUGUGGAGACCCCUGCGGCUGUCCGUGGGGCCAUUAAAUCUGGUUCACACCACACUCACCAGGUGGCGCUGUGGGUAAAAUGCACUCAACACUUGUUGUCAGUUCAGUUUCUGUGGUUUAAUUAAAACCCAAAACUGAGAGUUUUACCAGUUAUUAUUAUUAUUAUUAUUAUUAUUAUUAUUAUUAUUAUAUGAUUAAAAAAACACUUAGAUUUUUGAAAUGUGAGACUUUAUGUUGGAAAAUAAUCUUAAAAACAUUGAGAUUUCAUUGCAGGUUCUUAAUAUUAA